AUGCCAUUCAAGCGCCCCGGCUCAGGGCGGCCUCAACCGGCCCGCUUUGCCUGGUCAGGCUCGCGAUGCUUUGCGGGAUGCCAGGUUCAAGGACUUGGGAAUUCCUUCGCUGACAAACACUGUAGGCGGGAUUCCCUUCAGUGCCGCCACGGUGCCCAAGCCGCCCGUGGGCUGGGUCGGCUCGAAGAAGACGCCCCUUGCGCAGGUGGGCCGUCGGGCAGUUAG